AUGGCUCCUGGCGUUAUGGUAGGCUGCCGGCGUGCUCCUGAAGUCUGCAAGUCAAACAUUGAUCCAAUUUCCCGAGGGCUUACCGAUGGAUGGAUUUGCUCUGAACGAACUGAUCCUCCAUCCCAAAAUGAAUGUCAAGUCACUGGUUCGAGGCAGCGAUCUGAGCCCGGUAUUGUCGGCUCAGAAUUCACAUUGUGCUGCAAGCCUAGCCCUAACUGUAAGCCAAUCCUUGAGACAUACACGAUGGAAAGCAAUGAUAUUGAUACUCUUGCGACAGGUUAA